UUUGGUAACAACAAAAUGUUUUAUGCUGUGGACAGGAAAAAGAUGACUUCAAGCCGCAGGCAUCAUCUAAAGAGUUUGAUGCUGUCGAUUGCGGCAAACUGGAUUGAACAGGAGAAGAAAGAUCUCAAAGCUGCCAAAGAGGCCUACAUGGCUGAGAAAUGCCCCGCCCCCAACCUGAGUGGCGACCAGAAUGCCCUCAUGGAAACCUGCAAAAAGCUGCACGCCCUCAUUGACCAAGUAGAUGAGGAGAGGUACGACAUCGAAGCCAAAGUGGCAAAGGCCGACAAAGAGAUCGAUGACCUCAAGCUGAAGGUGGUCGACUUGGCUGGAGUGAAGAAGCCUGCUCUGAAGAAAGUACGUAUGUCCGCUGAUGCUAUGCUGAAAGCUCUGCUGGGCACCAAACAUACAGUCAACUUGGAUCUGAGGGCCAACCUGAAGCAGGUCAAGAAGGAGGUGAAAGAGGAGCCAGAACAAGUCGGUGACUGGCGUAAGAACAUCGAGGACAAGGCUGACAGGAAGAAGAUGUUUGAGUCUGCCUAAAUUAAUAUGUCCGCUCUGUAGUCGCUCUGGGCUGUUAGCACUUUUUAUGGAAUUUAUGGGAUUUUUCAUUGACUUCAAAUCUUUUGUUUCAUUAAAUCUGUAAAUUUCAGCUUCCUUUGUUAGUGUAUAUUUCUUUAGCAAGAGAGUUAGGUUAAAAAUGCCUUCUAAAUUCCAUAGUUUCUCUCAAAUAUUAGGGUUUUAUUCUGCAGCGUUACUUCUUGUUUCUUUUUUUGCUAAUGUUCACUUUUGACAACUUCCUGCUCUUAGUGUUUUUGUAAUAAAUGUGUUCUCUUUCCUA